AUGGUCGAAACCUUUCAGAAUGGGGUGAGUAGAGAUGGUUCAAGAGUAACUAGAAAACUGUUGAGUCGGUUGUUGAAGUAUUCCCCAACCACUUGGGACGAAUUCAACAAUUCUUAUUGUGCUAAAGUCCGUACAGAUGAGGACGACCUAAACGGAGCAACUCACCGACUAACCUCGGUACAAGCCGAAUCAAGAAAAGAUCGAAGAGACAACGCCAGAAGAGAUCAUCCAAUUUCGCGACCUAACGGGGAACAUAAUCAACUAUAUAUCAGGACGGCCAUUGUGCCCUCCCUCCUCUACGAAGAAGGUCCGUCCAGACGAAGGACGGGAACUCAUUGGAAUGACAGAGGUAUGCCUCCCCUAUUAUCUGCUCACAAUUUUUAUGUGUCACCUACAGAGAUAGUCUACGCUCUGCAGACGUUCAAACCGAAAGUGAAAUGGCCACCGAAGAUAAGAUCGGUCCCAAACACCAGAAAGUUUGACGCCCUCUUUGGGUUCUACCAGGAACGAGGACACAAAACUGAAGAUUACAUCACCCUGAGGCAAGAAGUCUUAAACAUAUUGCGACAAGGGCACCUCAAAGGGCUACUAAGCGACAUGGGAAGAACCAACUUCUCCAGAGGACGCAAACACCAAGGACCGCCAAAACCACCCUCACCAGCUCGUACCAUCAACAUGACCAUCGGCGGCAAUGAUGACACCUCUAUCAACAGUGUGAAGUUCACCACUACCCACAAACUCAAGCAAUCUAUCACCCGCGAACGGUACGACGAACUUAAAGAAAGUAUCAUGUUCGACAAGUCGGAUGCCGACAGUUUGACCUUUCCUCAUAAUGACGCUCUCGCUAUUACUUUACGUAUUUUAGAUACCGAUGUUCAACGUAUUAUGAUAGAUGAUGGGAGCAGCACGUGCAUUAUCCAUCCCCGAAUGUUUACCCAAAUGAGAUUCGAAGAUAAGAUAGUACCGCACUGCAUCACACUAAUUUGUUUUAACAGUGCAGUUGAAUAA